GCUCAGUCUCGUUCUAACACACACAAGCUCUGCGCUUGAAUCUGCGUCUCUGUUACCCUGUUUAAACGCCUUACGUUUAAUCAUCGUCCUCAGUCCACGAUCGUCCAGCAUCUCGACCACACGUCUCGUCCGCUCCACACCGCUUGUCUCACACUCUUCGAUAGCUCUUGUAUAAAUGGCAAAUCCUCGACAGAGAAAAAAACUGCGUUCUGGGUCGCACAAGCCCGUACACCACUCUCGGCGGGCCAAGACGUUACUGAAGAAGCAGCCACCCAUUCGUGGGCCGAAGGUUCUUCAGGAUGCGUGGGACAAGCAAAAGACUGUCAGACAGAACUAUGAAGCAUUGGGCCUCGUUGCCACCCUCAAUCCUACACCUUCCGGAGGGGUAGAACGUACCUGGGCUGCUUCGGACGGCCGGGAGACCCCUGCCGACGCAUCGACUUCGUCGAAAGGUUCAUCAUCACAGAAGGCGCCGAAGCCCAGCACUGACAUUCUAGCGAAGGGGUAUGGUCGCAUUAUCCGGGACGAAAAAGGAAAUAUAGUCGACGUGCAGCUGGCGGACGACGGGGAGGCCGAAGUUACGCCGAUGGAGGACGUCUUGGGUGACAUUCUGGACCCAUCUCGAGACGAGGAGUUAGCUCCGUGGGUUGGCUUAGGCUCAAAUGCAGCUGCCGGCCAAAAUCAUGCUCCAAGCACACAUGUGGUGCAGGCUCUGGAAGAUCUGUCGAAGGGACACGGAGACGCUUUAGUCCGUUUCGCGUCUACGGGGGAGCUUGCUGUCCUCCGUCGGUUAGUGGACAAGUAUGGACAAGACGUAGAAGCAAUGGCGCGGGAUUGCAAGCUCAACUCCGACCAACGUACGACUGGCGAGCUAAGUCGCGCUAUCAAAAAGGCGGGUGGGUUCGCGGAGUUGACGAAGGGCUGCUAAGGAUCAGACGCCCCCGGUCGAAGGAGCCUACGCGUGGGUUAGGUCAUCGGGACUGAUUGUCGUCGGCAAGGGCGCAAAGGGCAGACUCGGAUUUCCUCGACAGACGAGCGGUCGAGAAUAGUGUACGUAGGCAAUCUCAGAUGGGAUCAGAGCACCAAACGCGUGGUGUACGCGAGUGGGAUGA